AUGAAGUUCACAUCAUGGAAUGUUCGUGGUCUCAAUGACCCUCUUAAAAGGCGUUUGGUUAAGGAUUUUUUGUCUAGUCACUUGAUUGAUGUGGCUGGUCUUCAAGAGAGCAAACUCUCUGACCCUACUCCAAGGAAACUUCAAUCUAUAGGAGGUAGGAGGCUCUCAGAGUGGUGUUACCUUAACUCCACAGAAUCAAGAGGAGGUGUUCUUGUGGGAUGGUCUGAUGCUUUUUCAUUAAUUCAGUCUCAUGUGGGAAUCUUCUCUGUCUCAGUCCAUCUUCAUCAUAAACCAUCUAAUUAUUCUUUCACCUUUACUUCUGUCUAUGCCCCUAUAGAUAAGGAGGAUAGAGCAGUCUGUUGGUGGGAAUUAGACCGUAUUCGUUAUAUUCUUCCUGGACCUUGGAUCCUAUGUGGUGAUUUUAAUGUCACCUUAUCAUCAGAUGAACGCAAUGGCCGUAAUGGAUCUCCUAGUGACAUUAAGUCUUUUCGGAACUUUAUCUCAUCCACAUCUCUUAUUGAUCUACCUCUAUCUGGAAGGAAUUUUACAUGGUCUAACAAAAGGAAAAAACAUCUAUGA